AUGCACAUGAGAGAGACAAAUAUCUUCACAUUGAAGAAGGGGAGGAGUGCGCCAUUGGUUUUCCAUCCUCCAGAUGCACUGAUUGCUGCCCCCUUUGACGAUGAUGACAACGUCGUUCGGCGGUACACCUGUGAGGAGAAUUCUGUCCCCUAUCAGGUGUCUUUGAAUUCUGGGUACCACUUCUGCGGUGGUUCCCUCCUCAGCGAACAGUGGGUGGUGUCAGCAGGUCACUGCUACAAGUCCCACAUCCAGGUGAGACUGGGAGAGCACAACAUCGAAGUCCUGGAGGGGAAUGAGCAGUUCAUCAAUGCAGCCAAGAUCAUCCACCACCCCAUAUACAACAGCUGGACUCUGGACAAUGACAUCUUGCUGAUCAAGCUCUCCAUGCCUGCUGUCAUCAAUGCCCACGUGUCCACCAUCUCUCUACCCACUGCACCUCUGGCUGCUGGCACUGAGUGCCUCAUCUCUGGCUGGGGCAACACUCUCAGCUCUGGUGCCAACUACCCAGAUGAGCUGCAGUGCCUGGACACUUGUGUGCUGACCCAGGCUGAUUGUGAAGCCUCCUACCCUGGAGAGAUUACAAACACCAUGUUCUGUGUGGGUUUCCUUGAGGGAGGCAAGGAUUCCUGCCGGGUUGACUCUGGUAGCCCUGUGGUCUGCAACGGAGAGCUCCAAGGAGUUGUCUCCUGGGGCUAUUGCUGUGCCCUGAAGAACAGGCCUGGAGUCUACGCAAAGGUCUACAACUAUAUGAACUGGAUUAAGGACACCAUAGCUGCCAAUAGCUAA